UUCCUUUUCGUAAUCUAAUUUUAUUUAUAUAUAAAUUUAUCAAAGUUAGUUUCUCUUUAUUUAAUCGAAAGUUAGUUACUAAUUAAUCCCUUUUCGUAGUUUAAUUAAACGUUGAUUCCUGCUUACCCCUUUUUCCUUACCCUUUAGAGAGGCCCUAGGUUUUUGGUACGAAAACGUGGAGAAGCGCAAAGUACUUCGACGUAUUUUACCAGGUACCUAACCUCCUCUCCUUCAGCUUCCCCGCCUCCCCGUCCCACAUCCCAUUAUGUACACUAUUUCAGGGGUCAGAGGAGGGAGCCGCAUCAUGGCCUUUCUUAAACGUUUAUGAACGGAAUUGUUCUCAGCCGCUUUCGCCAUAGUAUUGGAUAACUGGCACCGUUCGCGGCCCUGCCUUUGCAUAGGGCAUCUAGACAUUUGCCCUCAUCGCACCCACUGCUGAGAAACUGCCAAGUCAUAGCUUAGAGCUACUAUGGCGCCGCGAGAGGGAUUGGUACAUUUGAAAGAAUACGACUGGAGGGACAGCAAUGUCGAGAACAUCGGGACGGAAUUUGAUCACCAGGUCAAGUACAACUCGGCAGCGAGCGAGCCGGCUUGGCGGGAAGUUGGGCUAGCACCCGGUCUCUACGUCUGGCGAGUGGAGAACUUUGAGGUUGUGCCGUGGCCGAAGGACCAAUAUGGCGACUUCUACGAGGGGGACAGCUACAUAAUCUUGUACUCUUAUAAGGCAGGGGGCGGCGAUGGCGAGGACAAGCUAGCCCACGAAAUUUUCUUCUGGCUGGGGAGCCAGACGACGCAGGACGAGGCUGGCACAGCUGCUUAUAAGACGGUCGAGCUUGACGAGUUCUUGCAUGGCGUGGCCACGCAGCAUCGCGAGCUGCAGAGAGAGCCCUCGGACGAGUUCGUCGCCUUAUUCCCCCGCAUCCGAAUCCUGUCGGGCGGCGUGCGCUCCGGCUUCACGCACGUCGAAACGGAGGAGCCGGACAAAGCUCUCGUGCUCCUCCGCAUCUUCAAACACCCCGCUGCGACGCGAGUUGACUCGGUCAUGGUCUGCGAAGUCGAGCCUGCCUGGCAAAGCCUCGAUGAGAAUGACGUCUUCGUGCUGGAGCGCGACGACAAGAUCUGGGUCUGGCAGGGCAAGAACUGCAGUCCCAUGGAGAAGGCCAAGGCCGCCCAGGUCGUGCACGAUAUGACUCUCGCCAAGCACCUCAAUGUCGAGGUACUGUCGCAGAACGAAUCGAGGUCGCGGGCCAUCGUCGCCGUGCUCGGUGGUGAGGACGUCGAGGGGCCUUUCCGGGCACCCCGACCCAUUUUCUCGUUUCGGACCCAGGGCGCGGCCGGUCGUACUCGCAAGUUAUUCCGACUAUCGGAUGCCUCUGGCCAGCUAAGAUUCUACACGGUCAAGGAGGGCGCCGGCAUGAGCAGCGCGGAUCUAGAUAGCAACGAUGUCUUCCUUCUCGACACGGGCGACGCCAUCUGGGUCUGGCAGGGCUCGGGGGCUAGCGGUGUGGAGAGAGCGGCGUGGAUCCGAGUCGCCGAAUCCUACAUCCGGCAGCUCGCGGACGAAUCGGAAGAGGAGGGAAGCGCAUAUCUUAGUCCCAUCUCUAGAGUGGUCGAGGGCAACGAAAGCCGAGCCUUCACCCAGGCUCUUGAGGUAUGACGAUGCCCAAAAUCAAAACAGAAGAACCUGCAGGUGUUGGAUUUCGAUGAUAUCGUAGAAUUUUGCCAACCUGAAAAUUGGUAUGCAGUUGGUACCAUAUUAAUAGGUACCUGUUUUUGAAUAGUGAGAUGUGUGGGCGCCAUAGUAAUUGGUAGUCAUAAGAGGAGGAAUAAAUGUGAUCAUUAACCAGACCCUAUAUAACCUACGAGACUAAGGUAACGUCGAGCCGCCGUUAGCGAAAUAAUAAAGUAAUAGUAAUGAG